CCACUUGUAAAAAUCCUCACCAAAUCCUUAUUCAAAAAAAUCCAUAAACAAAUAAAUAAUAAUUGGAAAAAAAGAGAGAGAAAAAAAAAUAAAUAAAAGGAAAGAAGGAAGAAGAUGAAACAGAUCGUUUUUAUGGUUUUUGUUUACCUUUGACAUCGUACUUAUCUAUCUAAUGUUACAAUACAUAGAGAGAGAUUCAUAUUGAAGCCAAAGUUGAACGCCAUUAGUUCUACCAAGAAGAAAAAAGAGACCUUUCAACAACUGAUUCACCAAACUCCAUUGGUCAAAUUCCCUCUUCUUUCCCUCUCUAGGGAACCUCUUUUGGAAGGUAGUGAUGGCGGCAGUUACGGCGGUCACAGCGGGAGGUGGCGACGUAUGGAAGGCUCAUGCUGCCAUGGCGCUGAUUCAGCUCUUCAAUGGAGGUUACCAUGUAAUUACCAAAGUAGCUCUCAACGUUGGAGUCAAUCAGCUCGUCUUCUGCGUCUACCGUGACCUCCUUGCUCUUUCGAUUCUAGCUCCCGUCGCCUAUUUCAGAGAAAAGCGUACUCGACCACCAUUGAAUAAACAUCUUCUUUUGACGUUCUUUUUUCUUGGGUUAACUGGGAUAUUUGGAAACCAGCUUUUAUUUCUCAUUGGUCUUGGAUACACAAAUCCUACUUAUGCUGCUGCUAUACAACCUACCAUUCCAGUGUUUACAUUCAUCUUGGCAGUCCUAAUGGGUACAGAACGAGUGAACUUGCUCAGGACUGAAGGUCAGGCGAAGAUUGGAGGCACAUUCAUUUGUGUUUCUGGUGCUGUAUUAAUGUGUUUCUACCGUGGUUGGGCUUUGUUAGGAAAUAUGGAGCCUGAUUAUUCAGCACAAAGUGAAAUAAUUGCAAGAGGUCAACCCGAGCCUGUUGGAUGGCUAAUGUCCAGUUUUUCAGAGUUUGGGCUUGAUCAUUUUCACCUUGGAGUUUUGUGCUUAAUUGGAAACUGCAUGUGCAUGGCUGCAUUUCUGGCCAUUCAGGCUCCACUUUUGAAAAAGUAUCCUGCAAACAUAUCAGUCACUGCAUAUUCAUACUUCUUUGGUGCUUUGUUGAUGGUGUCGACAUCAUUCUUUUUGACAAAUGAAUCAACAGACUGGGUUCUAACACGGUCUGAGGUCCUAGCUGUAAUAUAUGCUGGUACGAUUGCUUCUGCACUUAAUUAUGGACUUCUGACAUGGUGCAAUAAGAUCUUGGGGCCUGCUUUGGUUGCUACAUACAAUCCACUUCAACCUGCUGCUUCUGCCUUUUUGUCAAGAAUUUUCCUUGGGAGCCCUAUCUAUUUGGGAAGCGUAUUAGGUGGUAUUCUGAUCAUUGCUGGUCUUUACAUCGUCACUUGGGCGGCUUUCAAAGAGAAACAGGCAGUUCUGGGGAUUACACAUCAUGACUAUACUCGGGUUUCUUCUUCAUCGUCGAUUAACUCAAAAAAGUGAGUGGAAUUGGGCAAUGGCAUUUUUUUUUCUGUUGUCCUAUCCUAGAGUAAGAUCGCUCAAGGGUAUAUUUGUUGUGUUUCGUCUAUAUUCCUUUGCCCUUGCCCUCCAUAAUGAAUAGCUUGGUCCCCAUAGUACUAAGCGUUUUGGUGGAAUAAGUUCAAAAGUGGAUCUUGGAUGAUUAUAAGCUCUACUGCAUUUUUCCUCGACUAGUCUCUCUCUGUGUCUCUAGUGUAGCCUUGUGUCAAGGGGUUUGGACCUACAAUAUCUGACCUCAUUGUCGUUUUACACUUGCUUGCUUAAUUUUCAUGUUACACACUGUUGCAAUGAAAUUGUUGCAAUAUAUGUAAAGUUGUAUAAUAUUAAACACACAACUAUCUCUGUAUAGAUCGCUUGAAAUAAAUUGGACUCACUAUUCAUUUCCU